GGGGGGUUUUAGAGAACCAACGUUGUCAUUCGCAGAGGGUUUUCCAAGAUCUCUCCACAAGACUACAACCACUUAAUCUGCACUUUAACCUUGAGAACAGCUUUGAUUUGGGCAGAAUUUAUGCAGCCACAAACAACAUCUUCUUCGGGAUUUGAUUGCGACUUCGAAAUCGCUUCGAUUUUGUAAUCAAAUUCUAAUUCAACAUUGCUUUCGGUUUGGGGAAAGAAGAGCGUACACAGUACCACGAGUGCGACUAUGGUGAUGCGAGCAGCAGGUAGAUGUUAUCAGAUAUUAAGAAACUAUCAAACAUCCAGAUGGAUCGUCAACUCCGUUGCUCUAUAUUCAUGCCGAAAAAUCAAUAAUGGUGUUUUUACAUAUAGACAACAUACUCAUAGGCUUUCAACUGUACCAGAAUCAUGUAAAACGUUUCUUUCCGAGGUUGAUUUGUUGUCGACCUUCAUUAGAUCUAGUCUUAAUGAGAUUGAAGGCCCCUCUCAUUGUUGGUUGAAUAGAAGCACUGUCACCAAGGAUUUAAAUGGUCGAGAUGGAGUUUUCCUAGUUGUCACUGGUGCAUUCUUUGAGGACUUCCUUGGAUCAGGCACGGACUCUACCAUUAUGUUUGAAAAAGUUAAAUCACUUCAACAAAGGUAUCCUUCGCUCAAUGUUAUGGGAUUUCAGCACUGCAGAGCAGUUAGCAGUGAUGUUGUUAGUUCUCGUUUAGCAAAGACAAUCAUGAGCGAAUAUAUCACAUUUCCUAUUUUAUUGUCAAACAAGUCUCUUUCUGAGAUUUUGGAUAGAGUGGGCUACAUCAUAUUUAAAGGCAUGGAGGGCCCUCUACUCUUGCAUGACAAGGAUGCAGGUUUUGAAAUUCUGGAGACAGCCAUCAAGGAUUUAAUCGUGCAGCAGAAAGAAAAACCAGGAUUGUUGCAUAAUCUAAGAGGCACUUGGGUAAAACCACUUGAUGCUUUUAGGGAACCAUAUCUUUGCUCCCCGUUGCAGAAUUUACUUCUUUAUCUCCCAGUACAAUUUGCAGGCUGCAUUGAGGUUGACGAAGUUAAUAACCGCUUGUUCCUUUCCGACAUAAAUCACCACCGUAUAAUUGUGUUUGAUGGCAGCGGAAAGAUCUUAGAUUGUAUUGGAUCUUCUCCUGGAUUCGAGGAUGGAGAGUUUGAAUCUUCCAAGAUAAUGCGCCCUGCUGCUUCGGUUUAUGAUGCUGCUGAGAAUUGCCUAUAUUUUGUUGACUCGGAGAAUCAUGCCAUAAGGAGAGCUGAUAUGGAGAGCAGGACAGUGGAGACGUUCUAUCCCAAACUCAAUGAUGAUAGGACGAAAAGUAGUCCAUGGAGCUGGAUCAUUGAUAAACUUUGGAGUACAAAAGCUCCUUCAAAUUCGGCGGAAGUUGAUCCUAAAUUACUUUUUUAUCCUUGGCAUCUGCUCAAAUCGUUGGAAAAUGACCUCUUAAUUCUCAACCGCAGUUUUGAAACCUUAUGGAUCAUGGAUCUGUCGUCUGGUCUUAUUAAAGAAGUCGUUAAAGGAUCUGCAAAGAUUGUAGAGAUUAGUGGACCGUUGAUCCUAAAGAAGUCAUCCCUUUUGACGGAUAUACCGGCUAAUAAGCUGCCACAGCAUAUUGCCACUAAUUUCUCAGUAAAUGGAAUUUCACACGCGGGUCUGCUCUCUUCUGUGGUGACUUUUCAGGACAACAUCGUGAUUUCUGAUGCAGAUGGUCAGGUGGUAUGGAGGUACAACAAAACUUCCGAGUCAAUGACAAGCUUUGAGUUCUCAAAGUUUGGAAUACUUGGAUUACCGUAUUGGUUGGUGUCCCCUAUGGAAUCAGCUUACGCUACUGGUUUUGGUAUCCCGGGAGUUCACGUCGAUCAUAUUCAAAAUUUCAGCUUGUUACCAGGUAGGAUUAACAUACAGAUGACCAUAGAAAUCCCUCAAGAUACCGAGCUUGUGGAACCGCUAGAUGAAGGUUGUAUAUGGCGGCAGACAAGAGGCACAGCCACUGAAGUUCUAACAGGCGAGAACAAAGCCGAAUCCACAGAAAAGGUCGGUAUUGCCCAACAAUUUUACGAUGAUUUGGAUGGACUUGCGUCUUUAUUAACACAAGAAGAAGUCAAUGCUGAAGAGGAUUAUACGAUUUGUGAUGCGCAACUGCAAGAUGGAAAAGUACGCAUUGAUUGUGCCGUCAAUACUAGCCCCGGAACAAGUGAGGUUAUUAUCAAUGCUGCGUUGUACUUGAGAAUCAAAAAUGGGAGCGAUGAGUCUAAGCAGCAACAGGUGGGUAGAUUGGUGGAUGCUUUAAACCCAAGCGGGAACAGUAAGGCACAAACAGAUGCGUGCGCACAGAUAGUAUCGAGAUCAGAGAAAAACCCGGAAGAUUUGAUCUUUGUGAGGCCAUUACAUGUGAGGUUAAAGAUUAAUUCUCUUGAUCACCCAAAAGCAGACAACUCCAAAGACAUAAUUUUGACAGAAUCUUCUAUACAAGUUCAUGUUUCUCCCAAGUAAAAAUUACCUUUUUGUCCCUUGGGGAGGCUCAACACCUUUGUAUGGUAUUUGUAGGAUUAUCCUAGGUUUUUCUGGAUUUCAAGUUAUAAUCUUUUGGAUUUAAGAGAUGACAUGAAUUUGAGGUGUGUACCUGUGCUGUUUGAAGGUCCCCGUGCAUGCCGGAAAAUAGGUGUGCCACCAGCCUGCCGCUGCGAUGGUGGUGGUUGGUUCUCCGACAGCCAACAGUAGGCAUAUGGUUCUUAU